AUGUCUUUCUGGGCGAAGAAUAUUGCUUCAGGUUCUAGUAUCGAACUAGUUCCUAGUCAAGAUCUCCGAAUCACGAAUGUUGCGAUUGGUGAUGACUAUAAAGACGCGCUAGGCCGUACCAGUCUUGUGAUUUCUUCCGCUAGAAACACCGCCAACUCAAAUGUCCAAGCGUUCACAAUUGCCAACUUGCUUGUUGCCCGUACCGAGCAGGUCCUCAUCAAUGUGAAGCUUGACCAAGGAUAUAAAUACAUUCUGAGUUGUCGCGGCUCUAACAACCUUACUCUUCUUGGUUACUAUGAACGUAAUCCUCCCAAUGUCCCCAGCGGAACCAACUUUAACUCUAACAUCUCUCAUGGAAAUUCGGCCUCUCGUGCUGUCGUUACGCCACCUUCUGUGAUAUCAACCACUAUCCCCACAAACGGAGCCACUUCUACCUCUACCGCUCCUUUGGGUACUUUCCGACAUGUUGCGAAUCAAUCUUCAGCGACGCUUUCCCCCAAUGCAUUAUCCGGGCACAGAUCCAUUCCCAAUACCACACCUGCAACAGUUCAAAGUACAUUGGCAGCACAUCGCCCUAUCGCCGGUAGAAUACCCCAAACGUUCAACAAAAUUCCUACCGCAGUUGGACCAUCUGGUACAACUAACCCUCCUUCCUUGAAUUCCGGUCUCAAUCCUGUGUCUGGAAGCAGAUCUAAUGCUCCUUAUUCAUUCAAUAUUGUGACCAAUGGAAUUGCGAAUGGAACAUCCUCCUUCCAGACUACGAAUCCGAGUGGUUCCCCGUACAGCUUCCCAUCAUCAUAUGGUAAUGCUUGGCCUGCCACUUCCGACCAAGCUUUCCCCCACCAAUUGACUGCUCCACAUUUCACGACAUCAUUGCCUGGUCAUGGCCAGAAGCGCAGAACGACCGAUUCGUUGGAAAAUCCAGACAGACCUCAAAAUUCUAGCUCUCCCCCAAUGAAGCGAACGAAAACUUUGGUCGACACGGACAGUUUAUACACCAUCGCUCCUAGUCAUGGUCCCUCGCCUCAUGCACACCACUAUCCUUCUACAUCUGGCCAACAUCAUACACCCUCCCUUGGUGCCACCUCCGCCACUCCCGUCUCUCUUGCAGGUGCAUCCGAACAACAUAAAAAUCCUUCUACAUCCGGCCAAUCAUCUGCUCCCUUCUCCUCGAAUCAUGUGCAUACACCGUUCUCUGGGAUCACUCCUGCCCCUCAUGAGGGUGCAUCUGAACAACAUAAAUGUCCUUCCUCAUCCCGCCAAUUGUCCAUCUCAUUGCCUUCGAGUCAUGUUCCCACUUUGUCGAACGUGAUCUGUUUCGCAGCUAUAGCGCUUAUAUUUUUCAAAGUGGGACCCUCAGAAUCGGAAACUAUCACAUUCAAAGAAUGUUUCUUCUUAUUCGCUGCUUCUAUCGAGCCAGAACCCGGUGCUUCCUUUAAAUCCACUGCUACUUUUAAGAUCCAUGCUGUCCAACAUAACGAGCAAGGUUUCCAGGUAAGAGGUGUGCCUAGUUUAUGCAACAUUGCGCGUAAAGCUGAGCCUUUGAAGGCGGAAACGAUUGGUCUGAAUUUAAAGGUUGGAGAGGGCCAAAAACUCACAUUCAAGGUCAUUGGUUCUCAUGUAUCUGGCAAAAAUUACGCUCCAAUAUUUUGGCGUUUAUAUAAGCCUUGGCUCCUUGCAAAUAUGGAGGCACUGAAAAAAGACCAAAAAAUGCAGAUAGAUGAGUUCAAAAUAUAA